AUGAAUUUCAAGACACCACCGCUGGAUGAUUACUGUCGUGCAUGGCAGGCUUAUGAUCUCGAUGUACCAAGAAUCGGGCCAGGUGAAGAGGGUGAUCAUUUUCUCAUCCAAGUUCACAUGGAGAAAACUUAUUUUCCGUUGGAGGAAGAAGAAGACGACGAAGAGAAGCCAGAUUAUCUACUCGAUUAUGACUGCUAUACGAACAUUUUGACAUUUUGGGAACCUUGUGGGAGAUUAGAGUGCAACAACUUGCCAUCGAAUAGAAUCUCGUAUAUCCUUUGUGAGGUUGGAGUGCCAUUGCAUAGACAGGGUUUCAUGUUGGACCGAAUCUCGGACGAGGCUGAUGAAAUUGCCAAUGCACCCUUCAACAAGUACAAGAAGAUUUUGUCAAUGAUUGUUUCCAUAAGUAUAGUGGCUGAAGCCAAUGAAGAACCGUCCUUCGAAGAUUAG